GGAACGCUCCCCAUUGAUGGUUCGCCGCUAGCCACCGACCGACGCUGCGCUUUCUGGCGGACUCGCCUUCAUCAGAAUGGCGUCGUCGUCAGUCACCUCGGACCGGCCCGAUCUCUCUGCGCCUGGGGGAGACGCCGCCAACGAUCCCUUCUUCUCCGCCUCCGCGACCGCCCCGUCCCACCUGCGAUUCUCCGACUUCGACCAGGAGCUCUUCGCUGCCGGCCCCGGUUCCGACCCGCGACAGGCGAAGCGCGCCUUGGAAGCCCAUCUGGCAGAGACAGACCGUCGCUUGGACGAGGCCGGCAAGAUUGGAACGGCCCUCGUGUCUCAGCGCAAGGCCCUCGCCGAGCAGCUGCAGGAAAUCGAAAAGCUCCAGGCCGAGGAGGAGCUGGCGCCCGAGCUGCGUAAGAAGCUGGUCAGCAUCGAAAAGGAGUACAAUGACUUGGCUCGAGAGUCCGCGAGGGUCUUCUUGCCCAAGCAGAGAGUUGCGAGCAGCACCGACAACCAAGGCUCGCCCUUUAUGCUGGACAGCCGAUCAGGCAGGCGAUCCGCAAGUCCCUCAAAACUCGAGAAUCAAUCUACGGGCUCACCCACCAAGCACAGCGCGCCCAACCGGAAGCUGCGCAACCAGCCGUCCAACAGGGUCCAGGACAUCGAGUUCGCCGCCGAAAUCAGCACAUCCCUCAUCGCCCAGGUCCGCAAUCUGCAGACCCUGCUCGGCGAGCGAGAUGAACAGGUCAAAGACCUCCGCAACGAUGUCGCCCGGCUCGAGGGCGACUCGGAGGCCCUGCAGCAGCGUCUAAGGGUUCUUGACGAGAGUGAACAUCGCUUCAAGGAAGAGAACUGGAACCUUCAGACUCGGCUGCAGGAGAUGAAUGGCCAGCUUAAGGAGGCGUUCGACCGCGAGAAGAAACUCGACAAUGCCCUUCACGCCUCCAAUGCCGCCAAGGCUGCCACCCAGAAGGAGCUGGACGAGGUCAAGCUGUCGCUCUCUAAGCUGACCGAGGAGCACGCCUCCGCCACUAGGCACUACGACAUUGAGCUCGGCACUGCCAAGCGCGCCAUCGCUAUGGCCGACGGCGAGCGCUCCGCGAUGCAGCGCAAGAUUGACGAGCUGAGCAGCCAGAACCUGGAGCUCGCCAAGGCCAUCGCUGCCCAGAGGGCCAAGGCUCAGGAGCGGGAGUCUUCUUCCGGCACUAGUGACGAGGAUCUGGAGGCUUCCGCCAUUGACAUUACGCCCGAGCAUUCGCCGCCGCAAUCACCGAUGAAGGGAACAACCCCCAGACACUCCAUGCUCGAGACCGAAACGCUCAAGACCUCCCUGCAGCAUGCCCAGCGAACCAUUCAGAGCCAGCGAAGCCAGCUGCACCGUGAAAAGACCGAGAAGCUUGAGUUCAGACGCAUCAUCCAGGACCUUCGCGACGAUUUGGAAAAGGCGAGGAACGAGCUCGAAAAGGGCCCUGCCCUGCCUCCCGUCCGCCGUGGCCGCAGGGUCGAACCCAAGGAAGUCAAGGUCAGGCAGCCCCGGCUCCUUGGCAGCUUCCGUUCCAGCCGCCAAGAGGUCGUCAUCGAAGAACCUGUCGUCACGGAAGAUCCAGAGUGGGAAGAUACUCAAGACGUCUCACCACGAUCUUCUGGUCUUCGCAUUGGUGGCCGCUCUCCUGAGAGACGCCAUCUGCAGCAGCAGCAGCAUCUCCGACAAUCACAACAACGAGGGCAGCAGCCGGCUGACGAUGGAGAAGAGCUUGUGCUUGAAUCUAUCGAGACCAGUGAUCAGUUUGAAAGUGCGGCUGAAGAAGUUGGCGGCGAUUCUGCCUUUGAGACUGCCAACGAGCCCUCUACCGAGACGGAGGAUUUCCAGACGGGACACGAGGAGAUGUCCGACGAAAGUGACGCCCCUACUGAGGUUGCACUCUCCGUACGCGGCUUCGGCAGCAUGAGACCUCCCAGCCUACAGCCUGGCCUCUCGAGACAUGUCCAGCGGGAGUCCUUCGACAGCACCGCCUCCACGUCCACCGAAGAUGACGAGUUCCCCGAGUACGAGGAGUAUCGGACACCCACCGCCGCCGCCUCCUUACGGAGAAUGCGCAUGAACAACCGGUUCUCACAGUCUCGUAGAAGCUCUCGACAGGAGAGCGAGGAGCCUCAGUUCCAGAGCCCCGGCGCAAGCUUCAGUAGCGGUGGUGGUGACCCGGCAACGCCCGGCCAGAGUCUCUUUGCCGAGCUGCAGGACUUUGGCAGCGACGACGAAUCCAUCGUCUACACUCCUAGCCGCAGAAGUCUUCGCUCCAUGACGCCGGCCUCUACGCGCCGCGCCGUUACACCACCUCCAGCCGUUCCCCGGCUGCCCCGAGUCAUCAUGGUUGACAGCGGUGUCAUGACCGAUCCCGUUGAGUUUGCUGCGAACAUCGAACCCCUGGGCCACCGCCCGUCUCGCGGCUCGCUGCUCAGCGUUGGCGAGGCGGCCAGGCGACCGAGGUCCAUGGAGUCGGUCAUCCCCAACACUGACUUCCGCGCGUCCACAGCAUCAUGGCGGAGCGCCGAAGACGGCCCCGCGGGCUCUGCUACGUACUCGCGCCCCGCGUCUACAGUCGCCUACAGCGAUGCCGGUGCGCAGUACGACAUUGGCGAGAAGCUUGCCCAGUUCCCUGUGCCGCCCUCGUCGCGGUCACCCAGUGAACCGGACUUGAUGUCUAUCUCUGUCCCUGCCGCUGCGCCUGCGCCCCCUGCAGAACUCAAUCUCUCCGCCAUCCAAUCCGAGCACAUUGAGCCCCUCGAGGAGGAGCAACACCAAGAGCCGGCACCGGCCCCUGUACCUCCCACCCUCAGCUUGACACCAAUCGCGAUUGAGACUGUGGAGCCUUUAGCCGAGCCUGAGAUCCCCGCCCCCGACCUGAGGUUGUCUGUUAUCGUGGCCGAGCAAUUGGAACCCGAAGCUGAGCCUGAUGUGCCACCUCCGGAUCUCACCCUGUCCAGCAUCUUUGCUCAUGCACUGGAGCCCCAGGCGGAACCAGAGGUGCCUCCGGCUGAGUUGACGCUGUCGACGAUCAUAAGCGAGGGCCUGGAGCCAGUAGUUGAGCCUGAAGUCCCCCCUCCAGUGCUCUCACUAUCGACAAUCGUAGGCGAAGGCCUGGAGCCAGUGGCCGAGCCUGAAAUUCCCCUACCUGUCCUCUCUCUGUCUGCCAUUGCUACCGAAGGCUCGGAGCCGGUAGCAGAGCCAGAAGUGCCUGCGCCUCUGCUGAGCUUCUCCGGCAUCGUUGCAGAGGGCUUGGAGCCCAAGGCGGAACCCGAAGUUCCUGCACCCGAGCUUACGCUGGCCUCCAUCUUGUCUGAGGAGAUCGAGCCCGUCGCCGAGGAACUGGAGGUGCCUGAGCCGACCACUGUCAAGGCGAUCGCUCCAGAAGCUCCGGCUGCCGUCUUGCAGGAGUUUAGCAUCUCGCCAAUCGUGGCUGAACAAGUCGAGCCCGUCGCUGAGCCCGCCCCCGAGCCCGUGCGGGUCAUCAUGGCGCCCCCACCGGCACCUCUCAGCUUCUCGUCGAUCCAGGCGCAGCAGCUGGAGCCCAGAGAGCUCUGGCUGCCAACGCUGACCCUCUCUACCAUUGCAGUGGAGAAGGUCGAGCCCGUCGUUGAGACCGAGCCCGAGCCCGCUUCCGCGCCGCUGACGCUCUCCUCCCUCUCCUUCCAAAACACCAUUCCAUUCGACGAGCUGCCCAUCGAUGACGAGGAGCUGCUGCUGCCACCUCAACCCGAGCUGCAACCCGAGGCGCAGCCCAAGGAGCCUCAGGUCCCCGUGCUUGGCCUCUCCUCAAUCGUAGCAGAGGAUGUCGAACCCGUCUUCCCUCUCGCUCCGCAGUUCGCCUUUUCUCCCAUCUCAUCCGUGGACACGCAGCCCAGCAGCCCGACGAAGAGAGGGGGAUUCAUUCUCCCCAAAGACAUCAAAUCUCCCUUCGUUGAUGAUGGUGACGAGAUAUCGGACAAGAACCUCUUCGCGUCGUAUGUCACCCGCAGAAGACCCGAGAGCGUCCCCUCAUCACCCAUCAUUGCCGAGGACGAGACUAGUCAGUCACGGCCCGUGUCACCGAAGGUCGAUGUUCCCGAGUCUCAACAGCCAUUCAGGGAGAUAUCGGCCAAUGCGGGCUCUCGUCCCGCUCAGCGGCUCACUGAGACCAGCGACCAAGGCGCCCAGACUUCGUUGACAUCAGGAGCCAUCGACGAGCUGCUCAAGGUUGGAGCUGAAACUCCUGCAAAGAACCACUCCGCCAGCCCCGUUGGCAGUUUUGACACCGUGGGGACCGUCAAGAUCAACCGUGCGUCUCACGAAAACUACGAUAGCCCCGUCUCAGCCGUCUCUGGCAAGAGCAAGACGCUCGACCCAGCGGCUGUUAUCGAGUCUACGCCGACGCACCGACCUGGCAGUGCUACCAGUGCCAAGUCCUCUCUCGUGGGCGCGCCCCCUCUGCCAUCGAAUCAUCAACAGAUGAUCCAAGCAGCUCGUGCUGGCUCAUCCCAUGGCAGCCAAGGCACUACUUCGAUGGGCCCGCCUCUGUGGCCCGCCUCGGCGACAAAGCCAACGCCGCGAACCCCCAAUUCUACCAGGCCGAUGUCGCCUGCUUCUGGUCGCGGCACUCCUACUCCUCGCGCUCCUCCCCGCGCAGGCUCGUCUCACGGCACUGCCGAGUUCCCGCUGCCGCCGCCGGUCCGCAUCUCCGCCGCCAUGUCUCGACAAUCUUCCGUGUCCUCGUUCGCGUCGGAACUGGACAACCGGUUCGGAAUGCGGGCCAGCGAGAUGGGCAUCGACCCUAGCGGCUUCGGUGCCAACACCGACCCCAGGAUGAUCCAGGCCAUCACGCAGACCAUGAUUGGAGAAUACAACUGGAAGUACACACGCAAGGCUGGCCGGGGCGAGUUGUCGGAGAAGCGGCAUCGCCGCUACUUCUGGGUUCACCCUUACACGAGGACCAUCUACUGGAGUGAGAGGGAUCCGUCAACGGCCGGUCGUACCGAGAUGAAGGCGAAGAGUCUCCCGAUUGACGGUGUCCGAGUGGUAACAGACGACAACCCCAUGCCGCCAGGUCUCCACCGCAAGAGCUUGGUGAUUAUCUCGCCCGGCAGGACGAUCAAGUUUACCUGCACCACCGGCCAGAGACACGAGACGUGGUUCAACGCCCUGUCGUAUCUCUUGCUGAGAACCAGCAAUGGUCACGAUGGGCAUUCCGACGCGGAAGAGAUGGCGGCCGACCUCGCCCGGGACGAUGCCGAGGAGUUUAACCCUCAGUUCGGCCGACGGGCGGCCAACGGCACCUCAAAGCCCUCGGCUCCGUCCCUGUCAUCAUACAACUCCCGCACCACUCGGGACGGAUCGCUGGCCGAGGCAAUUUCGUUCGAAAUCCCCACGCUGACACCGUCAGGGAAGCAUGCCUCGACACCCAUCAAGCCUUCCAUUUCAGGCAGCAUUAGCAGCCGGGUAGGCUCGUACUGGAAGGUGGGCGGAUCCAAGCUAUCGGGAACGAUCCGCAGCAGGACGGCCAGCGCCCAAAAUGUCAGCAUCUACCAGGCCAGCGAGGUGCAUGAUAGUGCGGAGGACCUUCGUGAGAUGAUUGAGCGUCAAGAUAUGGAAGCGGACCGGCUCGAGAACGUCAGAGCAUGUUGCGAUGGCAAACACGACGUCGGGACGCUUCCUCACACGACCAAGAGAUCGCGCAGUCACAACCACAGUCACAACCACAAUCAUGUCCAAUCUAGCGGACAAUCUGCCAUGAGUACUCCCCUGGCAUCUACGCGCUCUCGAGCAUAAAGUUUCCUGUUCAUUCGACUUUGCAU